AAAAAAGAGGAGAAGAGCAACGCGUCUUUUCUCCACACAAACACAACCUUCUCUCUCUCGCUUGCGCUCUCUCUCUCUCACACACACUGACACACACACUAACUCUCGAGAUUUUCACAUUUUUCAGCUAAAAUUACCAUUAAUGCCCCUCCACAAAAUCUGCGAGAACCAACACUGGACUCUGUCAUGUGGUUGUGGUGGUGCUGCUAGUAAUCUGUGACGGAUUCACAGAUCUCAAUCCAAUCCCCAAUGGCGUGAAACUGGAGCACGUGUGCGCCACCUCCCCAUCCUCGUUUUCUGAUUAUACCUUUUUUAACCGAUUCCUUCCAAAAGCGAAUACGACAAGGGACAACGUGGGAAGAUGUCGGAGCUCGGAGGCGGCAACUGUUUUCCGCGUCUCUUGCUCGGUGUCAAUGUCGGUCUUGCCCUUGUUGAAGGAAUCGUUGCUUUCGUUGCGUUGUUUCAGGUUCCUCUCCUCUUUCUUUCAUGUUUCAAUUCGCGCCGGCAUUGCUUUUCGGAUAUGAAAUUGUUGCUUAGGAUUCACUUGCGUAAUCAAGAGCUUGGCUGGACUCGACAAAAAGUGUUUCAUGUAUUGAUUGGCUCCUCUAAUCUGGGUUACUUUGUUUACUUGGUGUUGGCACUUUUUGCUGCUUGCAAUGGAUGGAGAUGCUGGUCAGACUCUUGUGGUUUUAUCUUUAUGGCUUUCCCCAAAAUACUUUUUUUUGCAGCAUUUCUUCUUCUUUUAUCCUUCUGGGUCGACCUUUGCCAUCAGCCUGAUGAUGAUGAUGACUAUGAAGGAAGUUUUAUUGAAGAAGCUUUGUUAGAAAAAACUUCACAUGCAAAUUUAGCAAACAUAGAUAGCCAUAGAAAGUGUUUUCCUGUUCGUCUUUCUCGUAUUGGAUAUCGGCAAAAGCUUGUUAUUUUGGUUACCUUGCUACUUUUCAUCAUCAUGAUGGCAUUUGCUGUAAUAAUCUGGAUUGGCCUAGGAGAAAAUCCCAUUGAUUCUGAAGUGGCUUCUCGAAUCAUGCAGGUAUACUUGGAUCUUUCUGCUAUUGCAAUGGUUUUGUUGGGAGCAGCUUUAGCAUGUUAUGGUGAGCUUCUUCUAUUCAAGCUUUUUUCCAUUCUAAAAUUUUGUACAUUUGGCAUUGAUUGGUACUUGAGUAGAUGUUCUACUUUUUUUGUCCCGUGUAAAUAUAUUUCAUUGAUUAUCUAUCAGGCUCAUUGCUUAGCAUUUGUGUUUGUUAGACACAGUCUAAAAGUUAGAGCUGAGCAACCUUCAUCUGAAAUGUGGAAGGUUGCAGGUUUAACUAUUGUAUCUGUACUGUGCUUCGUAUCAAGUUCCUGUGUAGAGCUUUUAACUGAUAUUCCUUUACUGUAUCACUGGCACCAGUGGCCUUUGAAUGAUAUUUACGCCUCUCUUCUACUUGUUUUGUAUUAUUUCGUUGGUUCAUCACUACCAUCAGCAGUGGUACUGUGGGUAAUGAGAGAAUUGCCACCUGCAGAAGCUUCUAAUGUACAGGAAGAAUCAAGAACAUUAACUUUUGUUGCUGAUAGUUCAGUUGCUACUCAUAAUCCUCAGCGCUGGACUACAACAACUAGCAUGCAGAAUCAGGUAGUCUCUGUUUCAGACUUAAGUCCUACAUGAAGAACUGUGUAGUAAUAUAAGCCGUGUUAUUUUUGCAGGCAUCUAGAGCGAGCCCUAUAUGAAUAUAUGAUCGAUGUCAUAACAUUUUCAAAUACAUAUCUUGUUCGGAUGGACUUUUGGGCACACUCUUGAAAUUUCUCAAGAAUGUCAAACCCUGAAGAUGCAAAUGAGAUAAAACAAAGCAGGCAGGUGCAAGUGCUCUAGGGCAUCGAGAUCUACGUUCCCACUGUAUUUACAUUCUAAAUAUAAAUGUAAAUAUCAGCAAUUUGAUAUAUGAAAAUUCCCUUCCUUCCUACUAUACAAAUUUUGGAAUGCUAAUGAAUGUGUCAUUGUUUUUGGGUUCUUUUUGGAAAUACUCUUGUCCGAUGUUAAUAACACACUUGCAAAGUGAACAUGUUCAUCCA